UUCUAUCUCAUGACUUUAAGCUGAGUUUAUAACUGCCAUUUUUGGGUAUUGAACAUGAUGGAUUUGAUAACAUUGUUAAGAUGAAUGAAACUGACAAAGCUAAAGGAAAGAAAGACAUCAAUGAGUGUAUAUCAGAACUGUUUAAAAAGAAGAGUGAAUAUGAAGAACUGGAUGACAUAUUACAAGAAACAUAUGAAGAAAAGGAAUGUUUAGAAAUGGGAAAGGAAGUUAAUGUAGAAGUUGGUGACAAUGCUUCUCUUGUUAAAGAUGCUGUGCAUGAGGUAAGAGAAAUUGAUGACAAAGUAGAUGUUACAGAAAGAGAAUUUGCAAAGAAGGGCAAUAGGAGCAUAGAAUUUAAUAAUGGUUCCAAAGGGGAAGUUGCUGGUGAACUUAGUGAAGUUGGUACUACUUCUAGUGUAAAGCGGAAUGCAUCUGAAGUUGAUAUAGAUAUAACAAUCACGAUGGCUGCAACUGACUCUUCCAUGGAUGAUGAAGAAGUUAAAACCAUUCUAGAGUCAUGUGAUGAACUGGAUAAGAAACAAAAAGAAAGGAGCAAACGAACUAGAAAAUUAAGAAAACCUAGAAAGUAUGAAGAAAUUAAUAUGUGUAGAAAACGAAGUAAAUCAAUAGAUAAUGGGAAUCUUCAUUGUGGACAUAAUAUUGACUUUACAAAAUAUGGAAUAUCUGUAGGAUCAGGACUUCCUAAUGACUUGCUGCCUGGUAUAGAAGACUAUUUAAGUAACGUUCUUGCUAAUGAAACACUGUCGGAAUAUGCCGAAGAACAGCGUCAAUACUUCUUAGAGAGACUAGACAUCAUUAAACUGCCUCCCUCCAUCCCCCCACGACCUCGUUCAUUAGGUGUACGACUAUAUCCGUUACACAGUUCGCCACCAUCGUCUAAUCAUGGCAGUUUACCAAGUUCGGAGCAAGACGAUUUCGCUGCGUAUCAGAGAGAACUUUCACGAGCCCUACAAGGAGAUACCCCAACAUCACCUGAUGUGAGUGAGGUUAAGGUGUAUGAUGAUAUUGACACCACAGAUGGCAGCCUGGAUGAGAUCAAGCCCUCCAAAGUUGAAGAUGAGGAGAGCAUGUAUGAGAUCCCACAACUCCAGAGAACUCUCAGUGACUCAGGGUAUGAAAAGGCACUUGAGUUGUCUCCCUUAUCGAAAUCCACAAGCUCUGAGGAGCAGCUUUCUGGACAAUCAGGCCCUCCGAUGCCGCCGCCAUUACCACCCCGAGGGGAGAGGACAGGGUCAGAUGCAGCAAGUCGAAGUUCUAUCGGAAGUCUUUUAGAAGAGCGAAUUUCGGAUACACCGGUUUUCCGUACAAAGCUAAACCGAGAGUCAUCAGUACCGGCUCGACUUGAGAACUCUGCUGAUACAAGAAGUGAAAAGUCCAGCGAUGAUUUUCUUGAUGAAGAAUAUGAUGGUGCAUCAUGUGACUCACUGGAUGAAGUUUGUUGGUACUCUUCCCGGGGCAAGGAUUCCAGAAUGCAACGCAAUACAAACUACCGAGGUGUGUAUUUGAAACCAGUUAAAAGGAAGCAUAUAGCGCACCACAGGAAGCUUGGGAAAUCCCUCUCGUCGCUAUGGGAGAUAACUCAGCCAUUUGGUAUGCUCGAAGAUGUUGUCAUGUCCGGUGAGCUACAUUACCGAAGCAAGUUAACGUGGACUCGAAAAAUUGUAGCACUUACCAAUGGAAGACUUGUUUGUUACAAAGUUGAUAAAACAGAUUCUCGACCUUCAUUUGUGAUAUUGUUAACUGGCUAUAAAGCAUCAUUCCAUAAAAGGGAAGGAAGGCGGAGUUUUGAAAUACAUUUGGACCAUGAUAAUUUUGAAUCAUAUGUUUUUCUUGUGGAGUUUAAAGAGUGGGCAGUUAUUUGGUGUGAGCAUAAUAAUGCAGCAGCAAAAGGUCAAAGGGCUGCGGGGUCUGUAAUGCAUCUUGCACGAAAUUCAAUGAUAGCAAACCCAGACGGGACAUAUCAUAUGGCAAAUAGUAAUGUUCAGUUAUCAAGUUCUAACGCCUCACUUGUAAGUUCAGAUGGUUUUGAAGUUGAACCAGGAACUGUCAAAGUGAAAAGGAAGGACCCAUCAGGAGUGAAGACAGUCAAAAUGGGAGCGUUUGCUUUCAAGGCCACUCAAUUCUUUGAAUCUCUCGGUAAAAGGUCCUCCUUCCGGAAACCUUCCAGUGUUGGUGCAGAAAGGUCACCAUCUGUUGAGAGGGUGAGGCAGUUAUCUUGCUCUCAAUCGUCCCUGAGUGAAGUGGCAGAAAAACCAAGUACAAUCAUCCCGGAAACCCAUAUUGAAGAGUCCGUUUUUGAAUCUCCUGUGGAGAUGAAAAAACAUAUUAAACAUCAGGGUUAUGUCGAUGUAUACAGUAGUUUCAACAAGCGUAAAUGGGGAAAACGUUGGUGCCUUGUACAUGAGAACAAUUUUGAAUGUUAUCGGACACAAACGAGUGAAGUUUGCGAGUUGGAAUUUCUUCUCAGGAAUUGUAUAUUAAAGCGAGCCAUCAAGGAAACAAAAAGCGAGCUUGGUCUAAUGAUCCUGGAAAAUAAUAGGGAGAAAAUAACAAUAGAGCCAAUUAAUUGGACGGAGCUUGGUUCCUGGCUUCGAGUUCUGAUGCAGGAGACGAGCACACAGAAAACACCUAAAGGACUUGAGGGCUAUAUGGAUGAUACGCAUCCUUAUCAUGAAGCUGUUGAGAUAACUCGAUUUUACCGACCCUUUACCAAUGAUUUUUCCAAAUUAUUCAAGUUAUCUGUUAAACCAAGAGGACAAUCAUCAUCAUCAUUGCCUGAUGAACAGACGAGAUCAGGUGACCAUGAGAACCGUGAUAGUGGAAUAUGUUCCUCAGAAUCAACUGAAGACAGAUUUAAUUCAUUAGAUAGAAACAGAAACUCUCCAAAAGUACAUCCUUGUUUCACAGAUUCUAGUCUUCCACGAGUUAGUGUGUGUGAAACUGGUGCUAUUUAUACUCAGGUGAAAAGACCUAGUGUAACUGAAUCUUCAUUAUCACCAACAACAGGAAGCGUGAGUAACUGCAGCAAGUCAAAUGAAAGCUGUAGGAAAAGUGAUGAAACAAAUACAAAUAGUGAUGAUGAUAAUUUAUUCUUUGACUUUGAAAUUGAUACAUUUGGAAAUUCAUCUAAUAAAAGGGGCAGCAGUUUAGUAGAUGAGAUAAUGUGGGAAUUGAAGAUUCAGCACGAUACUGAUAAGACAUCUACUGAAACUGGUGAACAGAACAUUUCUGAACUAACAGACAAUAAUCAAGAGUCAUUGACUAUAACUAAAAGGAAAUCAGUGGAGUUCAGUCCUAUAGAGAAUGAUAUCAGUCCAAUUAAAUCCGAACAUGUAACGACUUCAGGAAGAGAAUCUGAUUUUCUUUGCUCAAGUUUUGAUAUAAAUGACAAUGAACAAGUAACAAGUGAUUUAAAAUGUGAUAAUAAUGAAGAGCCAAAUUUAGUAAUUGAUGUUAAAACAUGCUCAGUUGGAAAAAUGACGUCAGUGAAGAGGCAUCCUUCAAACGUGUCGGCUAAAAUAGAUGUCAAAGAAACUUUAGCAGAGCUGAGAACAAGACUUGUACAGCUUAAGAAAGACAGAAUAAGUAUCAGAGACAGAAAACAACAGAUAUCAUCAGAGAGGGAUAGAGAGUUCUUAGAAGCUGUAUAUGAAAGAUUAAAUAAGGAGUGCAAGAAAGUAACUGAAAAAUAG